GCACACGUGGAUGCACACCUUAAAAGGCAGACAGUAUAUGUGAGGAGAUCAUACUCAAGACGACCAGCCGAAGACAGCGCAUCAAGACACAUUGAUCACCGACAGACCACAGACUCAAACAUGAGAGCUUACUGCAUCAUCAUCGCCUGUCUGGUGCUCCUCACCCUCUGCUCACUCACUCGCAGUGAAUGGAGUCAAGGCCCAGAUAAGUGCUGCUUUACUUUUUCCAAUAUAAGAAUCCCCCUAAAGCAGGUUGAAAGUUACCAUAUAACACAUCUCGAAUGCCACAGGAGGGGUAUCAUUUUCAUCACAAAGGCUCUAAAGGAGAUCUGUGCUGACCCAUCAGACAAAUGGGUUCAGAGACUGAAGAACCUGGUGGAUGCUCGAAACCUGAAGGAUGGAUCAGAUGGCAGCUCAGGGGACAGUGCCUAAUGUGUAAACUGCUCUUCGCUUUGAAAAAUCUUACACUGAAAAGUUUUUAAACCGAUUUAAGCUUUUUUUUAAAAUUUAAGCUAAGUUUUACAAGUACAGUCUGAACCAGUUUGAAUCAUAACAUGACUAUAU